UUCCUUCAUAUUAUCUGUCCUGCUGUUUCACCUCCUCCAUGAUUUUGCUUUCGCUUUCUUCCUUUCUAAUGUCUUAUCUCCAUUACUCCCCUGUUCGCUGAGAAAUUCAACUUUCAUGGUGUUUCUGAAGAUUGAAGUCGUAUGCAACUGGGGUUUGUGACGAAUUCCUCAAUGCAAGCAUCGGAGCACAACAGAUCCGCCACAUCCAACGCCUUUUACCAUCAAUCGAUGCAACAAAUCGAGGCUUUCUGUAACCCCCAACUUCAAUGUUUAGAUCAUCUCAGCCAUGGAACCAAUUACUUCACCAAAUCGGACUCAUACUGCACCCUAGAAUCCUCUUCUGCAAAUGGGAGUUGUACCACCGUGUACUACUCGCCUUCCACUUUGUCUUCCUCACAGAAUGAAUCUCAUUCCUCUGAUGCCCACGACUUUAGGUAUAGAUUGAGGCAGUUGGAGACUGUAAUGCUUGGAGAUUCGGAUUUCGACGACGAUGCCGGAAAUGGGAAAUCAUUCGCCGGAGGUGUAGUGGACAUGCCGGAUGUCAACAUUUGGAAAGAGGUGAUGGGAUGUUUUCCGAGACGAGACCUGAAACAAGUCCUCAUUGCCUGUGCUAAAUCGGUUUCAAAUAACGAUUUGUUUAACGCCCAAUAUUUGAUAUCGGAACUCCGGCAAAUGGUGUCCGUUGCCGGAGAGCCGAUCCAGCGUUUGGGGGCAUACAUGUUAGAAGGACUGGUGGCUCGGCUUUCAUCUUCCGGUAGCACGAUCUACAAGUCCGAGCUUCCCUCCGAUAUGCAUAUUUUGUACGAGAUUUGCCCGUAUUUCAAGUUCGGUUACAUGUCCGCAAACGGUGCAAUAGCGGAAGCGAUGAAGGACGAAAAACGCAUCCAUAUCAUCGACUUCCGCAUCGUACAAGGGAGUCAGUGGGUCCCGUUAAUCCAGGCAUUUGCAAAGAGACCCGGUGGUCCCCCGCAUAUCAGGAUUACGGGCUUCCAUGACUCCACAAGCAAGUUGCAUAUUGUAGGUAAAAGGCUAUGCAAGCUAGCAAAAGCCUACAAUGUGCCUUUUGAGUUCCACACCGAGGUUGGGAUCGAGAGUUUCCGUGCCCAACCCGGCGAGUCUUUGGCGGUGAAUUUCGCAUUUGUUUUGCAUCGAAUGCCGGAUGAGAGCGUGAGCACUCAAAACCAUAGAGAUCGAGUGUUGAGGCUUGUGAAGAGCAUGAACCCGAAAGUUGUAACCCUAGUCGAGCAAGAAUCUAACACAAACACAGCUCCGUUUUACCCUCGGUUUCUCGAGGCUCUCGAGUAUUACCAUGCAAUGUUCGAGUCUAUCGACAUCACUCUUCCACGGCAACACAAGAAACGAAUAAACGUCGAACAGCAUUGUCUGGCUCGAGACGUGGUAAACAUAAUAGCGUGCGAGGGGAACGAGAGGGUCGAACGCCACGAGCUUCUGGGGAAGUGGAAGUUACGGUUCAGUAUGGCGGGGUUUAGCCCGAGCCCGAUGAGUCCAGUGGUGAACGGAACGAUCAAAAGGCUGCUAAACAACUAUAGUGAGAGAUACAGGGUUGAAGAAAGAGAUGGAGCCCUGUAUCUUGGGUGGAUGAACAGAGAUUUGGUUGCUUCUUGUGCUUGGAAGUGAUCAAAUGUCUCAGCUUUUUAGCUUUCUGCUAAGUUAGAACAUAAUGUAACCUAAACAAGCUGUGUAUGAAUCAACGAAUCAUAAAUCCACCUUUCAUUCAGGUCCCCUG